UCCAAAAUGGCGGCUUGCCGGAACCUUAGAAAUACAGAUUGUCAUCUCUCUUGCCUUUAAAUUCCGUAUCUGCAUAUUGACGUUGACGUUUGUCUCAUGCAUGGACUCACUUAGGAUUUAAGAAAGCCGGCAUGGACCUAAAACCAAAAAUAACCUGUCAUGGUGACAAAGAUGUGUAUAAUAAACUUAACCCAGAACUUGCUAAGAGACUGCCAAGAGAAUCUACAGAAUGGAGAAGAUCUUAUGGAAGACCUGCCAAGACUGUAAAACUGAAGGCAAAUUUUGUGCGUUUGUCUGAGGGUAUGCUGAUGGAUGUCAGUAGUGUUAGUAGUGCUUCAAGUCUUCACAAACAGCCAUUCUUUCAUAUUUAUUGGACUGAUUGUCAGGAUGCAGAUGAGUUUAAAAGUGGGGUAAAAGACAGCAUCACAGAUUGGAUGAAAAAGCUACGUGAAAGAAAUAUUGUGGACUGGAUGAUUAUCCAAGUUGUGGCUCAGGACUCACUUAGGGGAAACAAACCAAAGUUGACACUUCCUCGCAGCACAGUGUUUGACAAAAUCAAAAGUGACUUUGGUGGCAAGAACAGUGAAAGAAUAAUACAACUUUGGGAACCUUUCAAAGAGAGCCAGGCAACACGAUCUGCAGAAUCAUGGCAGAACUUGGUCACCAAACUACGGCAGUUGUUGUUACAGUCAUUCAAUCGACACUUAGGGAAGUUUGAAGAUCAAGUCAGGUCACUAAGGGAGAGACGGACUGAACCACAAUGGAGCUUUACUACAUACUUCUUAUUGCAUGAGGAAUUGUCCUUUGUGUUUGAGAUGCUGGGUCUCUAUGAAGAAGCUCUGAUUCAAUAUGAUGAAAUAGAUGCCCUUCUAACUCAGCUGGUCAUCAACUCUAAAUAUAAAGAGCCCCUUGACUGCAUCGAUGUUUUCAUGCGAGACUGUAUAUGUUUUGAUGGAGUAUUGUUAGCUAAGAGUUCUCAAGACUUCUUGCGACAACUCAUCAAGACUCAAGAAGCCAGCUAUGUUGACCUGCGAAAUUACCUUUUUUCCCGACAAUGCAUCCUUCUGUUGAAGUUGAAGCGACGUGCAUGGGAAAUUGCUCAACGUUUGUUGGAGUUCUUACACAAUCUUGUUCAUGAACUGGCAAUGGAUGAACUUAAGAUCUCCAUGCCGACUGGUGGAGCAUCGUGCUGUAUCAUCUUAACGAGCCUGGAGGUGUUAAAAGCUUGUGAGGAACAAUGUUUUCGGGAAGAUAUGAUUUACAGUUUGCAUUUUGCUCUUCUAUACCAGUAUGCUAAACAAAAGCUGGACGAAUUGGGAUCUCUUUGUGGCCUUUUGCCUGAUACCACUCCAACAGAAAUUGCUCAACAGAUUACUGAUACCCUGCUCUCCGGGAUAGCUAAAACACAAACCGAUGGAGAUCUUCAACCCAACAGUCCAUCAACAAGACUCCAGAAGGCUCUGUCGUCGAAAAAUGCCUUUCAAGCACUAUACCUGGAUUUGACAGAGCGAGCAAUCGAAGUCUUUAAGAACAUCGGUAGAGCUCGAGCUGCUAAGGUUCUAGGUGUGGACCUGGCACAGUUUUACUUUUCCCGUGGAGAGUUUUACCGAGCAGAGCCUCUGCUUGUUGAUGCAUACAAGAUGUACAAACACGAGAGGUGGAUUCUGCUUGCAACACAGUGUUUGGUCAAACUGGCUCGCUGUCAAAAGCAGCUCAAACAUCUUGACAAAUAUGCUGCCUCCUGUUCGAUUUUGGCUUGUGAGCAGAGUUUGCCAUCCGAGAGGAGGUCCCACUACACUCAGGAGUUGUUGCAAGUCAUGCGAGACACAAUGGAUUCAGCGCAAGCCAUCAUUGUACGAGCUGAACCAUUACUACGAGUAGAAGAUGUACAAAUUGAUCUGAUGAAGGGUAUUGGUAGCGUUGGAGAGAGUAUUAAUGUCAAACUCAAGCUGUUCAGCGCUCUGGAGGAGGAGGUUACUUGUGGACGGAUCAGCUUCAGUAUUCAGACAAAUGAUCUUAAGCGUGUGGGUAGCAUUCGUUCAAGUAAGAGAAACCGAGCUACGUCUCCGCCAGAAGUUGCAGAGAAUAGGCUGUCUUCAGCUGCGCUCUCUGAGGAAGACUUGUCAGAUAAACCUGUCACAGAGGAUCAAGCAGCCGACGGAGAAGCGCUCUCUGAAGUUGACAGAGUAGAAAAAUCUCGUCCGCUGCCCCCUCGACCGCCAUUAUUACCAGAGGUGAAGAGUGUAGAAGAGUUGAAUGUUUUAACAGAUGGAGGUGACUCAGACUGCUGUCUACAAUGCUUCAAUGUUCCCUUGAAAUAUGGGGUCAACGAGUAUAACCUCACUGCACAGCUGUCCGAACCAGGUAACUAUUUCCUAAGGCAGCUUUGUGUGGAGAUUGGUCGUCUGGACUUUGUUUGGCCACAGUUAUCUCUAUCAAGGCAGUCCAGAGGAUUUGCCAUCGUGUGCGAUCCUCCACAAAUAAACUGGACUCACGAAAGGGACCAUCAUCUGUUAUCUGGCCUGCUACAACAAGUUACUCUCAGUGUGUCAGUCGAGUCUGGAUCCAUUGCAGACGGGUCAGUGCUGGAAAUCUCUACAAACGCUGGUCUUACCUUCGAACCUGUGCAGUCCGGACACGCUAUUAUAAAUUGCUUAAUGGGUAAAGAGGAGAGAAAAACAGCUCCCUACAGUGUAGCAGUCAACAUGAUUCCUGAAGAUGAUGGUGUCCCUGGCAGCUCUGUUGCCAUGGUUACCCUUCCAGCCUUGGGACCCUACGCUAGAAUCGAUUUUAACUUGAAGCUGCGUGCAAGUUUGGAGAAGCAGAGUAUUCAGGAGGAAAUCACAGAACACAAGCUUGUGUUCAGUUGUAAGUGGCUGUCUCCAGUGGUCAUCGCAGAGCUCUCAUGCUUGUUUCACCGUCCGUUUUCCAUUCGUCACGUGCUUCUCUCGUCUGAAAGCAACCGAUUUGUUCAAGUGAUAGUAAGUGGAAUCAAUCCUAUUGAUCUUGUCAUCUCAGCUCCUCAGUUGAUCAUCACCAACUGCUCUUCGGUGAAGGUCACACCUCUGCACAGCUCUGUGGAAUAUAUAAUCGUCAACAACCAAGAGGUAUCCUUCCUCUGGAAAGUCGAUUGUAAGGAAGGUUCAGCGUCGGCGCUCGAGUGCGAGUUUAGGACUUCGUUUUCACCAAAGGAGACUACGGACAGUAUUCUUUCCUCAUCGGAGAAGAGAAACUAUCUCUACGACUUUAAUGUGGAUAAUACCAAGACAUUAUACACCAUAAGUUCAAGGGUAGAGCCUGCGGAGGAUUCUGGGAAACUCUUUGCAGGUUCGACUUACAAGUGGCACAUCACUUUUACAAAGUUAUUUGACGAAGGUACUCCUGAUACUUCACAACUCAUGUACGAUGUUGACUCCGAUACAAACACGUGGGCCGUGAACGGACGCAAAAACGGUGUUUUGUCCAUACCCACAGGUGUCAUGGCAACUAGUGAAGUUGUUCUUAGUCUGAUACCACAGACGGGCGGAAACUUAGCGAUGCCAGAAAUAAAGUUAAUGAAGUAUGUCGAAAAGGACGCGACUUUACCGCAAGCAAAGAAUAUCGAGGGCGCAGGUGUGAACGCGUCUGAAACGCUUUCAAAUCAGCAGUCCCCUCUUAUUUUGCCGUUUACCUGCGGUCAGGUGUAUAAUAAGACAGCGGCGGUUCGCGUCUGCGUUUUGCCAAGCAAUAAUCCUGAUCUUGCUUGGAUAUGAACCGACCGUGAAUUACAAACAAAAUGUUUAGUGGAGUUUGACACAAAUUUAAGAAUUAUGACUGAAAAACUUAAACGGUCCUUCUGGGAAUUUUACGAGUCAUUGAUAUUCUUCUGAAUCAUUGCAAUCAUCAUAUCAUCAUCAUCAUCAUCAUCAUUAUUAUUAUUAUUAUUAUUAUUAAGUCGAAGCGUAAUUUCCGCCGUACUCUCGAGUUUAGUCUUCGAUCCUCCUGACUUUGCUGUCCUGUACGGCGGCUGAUAAUCGAGCCUAAAGGAAGUCAUUCGACCAAGAUUGCUCUGAAAAUUAAGAGAGCUCUUUCACUUGGCGCAUCGCGCCGCUGUCAAAUUUUCUAAAAUCAGUGAUCUAAGAUCUGAGUACAAUAUGUCUAUGUUGUCUUCGUCAGCAAGAUCUUGAAGUAGUUUUAUUCACGACUGCUCAAAAACCAAUUACAAAAUGAAAGUUUUCAAUCCCACUUUGUGUAACAAGGAAACGUAUUUCACAUUAUAGUAACUAAAAUGUCA